ACUCCGUUUUCUCUCUGAAGUUCUGAACUCCCACGCCCGUCUGUCCCUCUCACUCUCUCAAAGCUCUGGCCUCUAAACCCCUACCCCCCGCCCUCCCUCUGUCUCUUUCAUAUCUUCCUCUCUCUCGGGCCCUGGCGCUUGAUUCUCUUUCGCUCAAGGUUUUCUGCUGGUCAUAGGCGGCCAUUGAGUUUCAGUUUAGGCGCUGAUUGAUGGUAUCUAUUAGUUCUGCAAUCUGACAUGGAAGUCCCAUUCUCCUAGACCCAGUGCGGAGGAUAAAUACCUACCGUUGGAUUAAAGAUAUUAGGGUGGGUGACCACAAUUUCCUUAAUCUGAUAACAGGUAGUCAUUUAACUUUUUGUUGUUGUACUUUAUCCUCCGCCGUUGUAUUAAGAUUGAACGGUGAGUGGCCACAGUUUCCUUGUACCCUGGCCCUGGGGUCUAGGAGACAGUGGACAUAGCUCUACCUGUCCACCCGAACAUAAGCUGCAUAGUCUUGCUUAGACGAUUAGUAACGUGUGCAGACCUGUGCAUAGUUAUUGGCUUUCGUUCUUCAAUUCCUUUUUUAGGAGGGGCACUGGGAUAUGUUUUUAGGUAAACCUAGAAACCUUAAAGCUGUGUUAGUUGCUAAUAUAUGCCGGUUCAUUAUGGAAUAUUAUAGCGAUUAGCUUCGGCCAGAGGAUUUUGCUGUAUGCUUAUUUUCUAUCUAAUUCCCAUUCAUCUUUAAUGACAAUUAAUUUGAGUGGUUUAGUAUGUUGAUGUUUUGCCCAGCAAAAGCUUUUACUUUUGUAAUCUGGCUAUAGAAGCUUUCAAGAUCUCUGUCACUAUGUAAGGUUUUUAGUAUUCAUGGUUGUGCUUUCGUGUGGAUUAAAAAUCGUAUGAUGUGCUAUGUGGAAUAUGUAUAAAUGCAUUGUAUUGAUUUAUUUCUCGUAACUGGGGCUUGCUUGAGUAUAUUUUGAUUGCUUCGAAUUUUGUUCUUUUAAUGUCUGUAGUCUCUCAGGAGCUCCAUCUACCUACUUUCUUAGGAUUUUUUUUUCUUUCUUUUGUUUUUUCAGGUUUAUGGGUUAAGGUUAGAGUUUGUACUUGUGCUGAAAGCAGUUAAACACAGUUUUCCUUUUGCUAGAUACUGAAGGUGAAAGAAAAUUAAAGAUCAGUUGAUGGAAAACCCUAAUUUCCCAACUGAUAUCAUGCUCGACAUUCUUUCAAGGCUACCAGUGAAGUCAUUGUGCCGCUUCAGGUGUGUAUCAAAGUCAUGGCGUUCUCUAGUCACCGACCCUGAUUUUGUUAAAAUUCACCUUAACAAAGCUUUUGAGAAUGUGGAGAUUUUCCAUCAAAGGCGAAGGCUUAUGUUUAGUGAUGGGUCACAUAGGUCACUCUACUCCUUGGACCUCGAUGAGUUUCUCAACCAUAACAAUGCAGUUCAUAAUUAUCUUGAUGAAAAAGAGAAUGACAAUGAUAUUAAUACCAACGAUGAUGAUGAUGAAGCAGUGGCUACUGAGCUCGACUACAUUUAUAGUGAAAUCCCAAAUAAUUGGGUUUUCAUGGUGUUACACUGCAAUGGUUUGUUGCUGUGCCAGUUAUAUAACUGGGAGUUGUAUCUGGUUAACCCAGCAACAAGGAAAUCGAAGAAACUACCAGAUAUUCCAUCUUCUAGCAUUGCGUAUUAUUAUUUUGAUCUCUUUGGUCUUGGAUUUGAUCACUCCACUGAUGAUUACAAGGUGGUUGAUUUGCGAUACUUGAAGGGUGGAAUUAUGUUUAUGGUGUACACGCUGAAAACUGGUUCUUGGCGGGAGAUUCAAAGGCAAUAUCCUUACAAAUCUGAUCUCAUGUUACAUGGGAUCCUGGUCAGUGGAGGCCUUCAUUGGCUGGUGAACAGAGUUCGAGGUUCAUCAGUGAUUAUAUCUUUUGAUUUAGCAGAGGAGCAUGUUCAAGAAAUCCCAUUGCCAUGUGAUUUGGUUGACGCUAAAGGUUAUAUUGUCGGAGUAUUUAGACAGAUGCUGUGCAUAACACGUUGUGAUGGGCAAACACACAAUGAGUUUUGGAUCAUGAAAGAAUAUGGAGUGAGGGAGUCUUGGACUAAAGUAAGAAUCUCCAUGCCAUAUUCUUUGUUGUUACAUUCAGGUUUCGAGAGGAAAAAUCAUGAUCUUUUGGUGUUCAAGGACCGGUUGUUUAUGCACAAUUUUAACGGUGAAAGAUUUCGGAAAUUAUCAGUGUCCGGAUUCCCCAUAGUUACUGAAGUUGGGAUCUACCUGGAGAGCCUUGUUUCGCCGAAUUCUUGUAGAGGAGGAUGUUAGAACUUAGAAGAUGAACUCACUCCAUUAGUCCAUAUCACUUUCAUGUAUGUAUCUAUUUGAGUACUUUCUCUCUCUCGCCAAUUGUUUUUGUAAUUUCCCUUUGAGAUUCUUCCAUGUUUAUUAAACGACUCCAUAGUA